CUCGUAGUAAUCUGCGAGCAAUCGCAACUACCACCACCACCACGCUGCGCACUUCCCUCCCCCUUGGCUGGCAAUUUGGCGUCUCUCUCUCUCUCUUCUCCUCUCUCUCCGUGGUGGGGUGAGCUCGCGAGAGGGAUUGGAUGGAUGGAUGGAUAGAUAGGCACAGCGGGUAGACGCGACAAGGAUCAGAAUUAGUCACGCACCGAGGAACACCAAGAGAAAAAGAAAAAGAAAGAAGAGAGAAAGAUUUCUUCUCUCUUUGCCUUUUUUUUCUUUCUUGUGGUUGCGUUUUUCCAAAUCCUGCGUGCGUUCUUGGCGUCGCGGAGUGGCAAUCUGUGGUUUUGGGGUGGGUGGGAUUGAGUUUUGUAACGGAAGAACAGAAUCAAAUCGAAUCGAAAAUGAAUGUGAAUUAAUCUGUGGUGGUGGAGGAGAGAAAAAAGGGAGAAAAGAUCGGUUUUUGAUUGGAGGGAGGAGGACGGAUCGGUCGGCGGCGAUCGGUCGCCGGCGGCCGGCGAUGGCGCCGUCGUCGAUGGACUACUGGCUCGGCUUCUUCCGGGGCGCCGGGGACAACAUCUUCGACGCCAUCGACGCGGCCAUCACCGUCGCGGCGUCCGACCACCCCGCCGCGCUCCGGUCGAGGCGCGACGCCAUCGCCGAGCGCCUCUACACGGCGCACCUGGCCUCCCGCGCGCCCGGCGCGCCGCCGCAGCUCCCCCACCCCGAGGGCGCCGCCAGCGUCCCUAGCCUCUGUAGCUCCGACCGCGCCGAGGUCAUCACCGACGACGGCGGCGUCGUCCCUCGCCGCGAGGACCCCGUCGCCGCCGAGACCGAGCGCAUCAAGGCCGUCCUCCUCAACGACCAAGAAAAGUCGGAGGCGGCGUUGCUCGAGCUGCUCCAGCGACUCCAGCAGCUGGAGCUCACGGUGGACACCUUGACGGUCACUGAGAUUGGCAAGGCGGUGAGCAGCUACCGGAAGCACAGCUCCAAGCCGAUUCGCCACCUUGUUCGAUUGCUCAUCGAAGGUUGGAAGUGCAUAGUUGAUGAGUGGAUGAGCAGCCGAGACGCCAUUGUAGAUCACACCCCUCAGUCCAUGCAUCCGUCCGGCUUGGAGCGGCAUGAUCGAGGUCUCACUUCCCCUUCCAUGGAUGACGGCGCUCUCUUCGCAACACCGAGCACUUCCAUCCGUCUGUCUGAGGAAAACCAAGGUUCCAAGUUCUUUGAUGGAACGGAUGAUGAUGGAAGCAUGAAAAGCAACAGCGGGAAGGAUAAUAGCCGGAUGUACACUAGGAAUCAAGAACCAGCUAGAAGGCCGCUGCCGCCAAUGACACAGCAAUAUGAUCCAGACCAGAGCUGGAAGCAAGAACAAUCUGCAAUGAGGCAGUCAAGACCACAGGAACUAAGCAAUGGGCAGACGAGAGAGCAAUUCAUCGCAACGAUGCUUGCAAGGCCCUCGAAUCCUGAGCCUGUUCCUGGGAGAACACAACCGAGGCCUAAGCAGCAUCAAGAUGCCUCACCAGCUCAAGGCAAAUCGUUGCCAUUUGAUAAACCGGCGAGCCAUCACGAUGAAAAUUCAGUUCGGGCAAAACUAGAGCUCGCGAAGAAUGCAAAGCUAGAGCUCUCAAAUAAUGCAAAGCUAGAGGUGACAAAGAGAAAACUUCAGGAAGGCUACCAAGAAUUUGAUAACGCCAAGAAGCUGAGAACUGUACAAGUGGUGGAUCCACAAAAUCUGCCCAAGCAAGGGAACCGUAAUUGGCAGCCUAAUGGCAAGCCCAGGAAUAACAGCAACCUCAACAACAACCGGAAUUGGUCAAGAUGAGGCACCAAUUCUAUUCAGAAUCAAGUGAUGAUCAUAGACUACCAUCUUCGAAUUCCAUUGAAAUUGUCUUCCUCUUUUCGGCGCUUCUUCGGCGAAAAUUUAGUCCGGCCAAGUACAUAAACAACAAUAAGUCUUUCUUUCAAAACUGCUUCCAGUGCCAACACAAACACUUGUUGAGAGCUGUGUUGCUGAUAUGCACACUCUUUUUAACGUUGGGUCAUGAUGGCUUGGUUUUCAUAGUGUUUUUGUCAAACUUUGUAAAGAUAGUGCUACUACCAAUCCGAGAUGAGUGAGUUUCUGCAAUACCGAUUCUGAUCUUGAUCUCCUACAAAAUUUGCUGUUUGGGUUUUCCUCGGUUGAAAUGCAAUUGUUUUCUAUUCUGCCAUCGGAAUGAGGAUGCUUGCUGCCUACUUUGGGUCUCUGCACCCUGCUUUUCAGGCUCAAAGACCUUUUCUGGUCUGUCUUUUCACUGAAUUCAGCGUAGCUUGUCCCCUGGACUGCAAUGCCA